CGAGCCUUGCGCAGAUGAUGGCACAGAUGGCGACCGAUUUCGUUUCCCUAUUAACGAACGUAUAUUGAUCUGUCUACGAGCAAAUAAAACGUACCGAUUAUGUCUUGCGAUUAUGCUUCUGGUCUUUCAGAAUACGCGGACAAAGGUAUAUGUGGACAACCCGAGCAAUUCGACGCGGACGAUCUGCUUGAGGACAAAAUAAGUCGCUUUUCCGAGUGGGUGAAGGCCGCUAAACACAUCGUUGUCAUUACCGGCGCGGGCAUCAGCACCUCAGCUGGAAUUCCCGACUUCCGCGGACCAAAAGGCGUGUGGACACUCGAACAGAGAGGCGAGAAACCCAAUGUCAACAUCUCCUUCGACGACGCCGUCCCCACGGUAACCCACAUGGCGUUAGUCGCACUGGCGGAACGCGGGAACCUCAAGUUCCUCGUGAGCCAGAACGUCGACGGACUUCAUCUGCGCUCGGGCUUUCCGAUGGAGUUGUUGACUGACCUUCACGGUAAUAUGUUCCUCGACCGCUGCGACCAGUGUGGCAGGCACUUCGUCCGGGUGACGGCCACCAAGUCCGUCGGACAGAAACCAACGGGUGAACUCUGUUCCGUCCCGAAAAGGAACGGUCGUCAGUGCCGCGGUCACUUGCACGACUCCAUCCUGGAUUGGGAGGACGAGUUACCACAGGAGGGACUCGAAGCGGCAGAUUUACACUGCAGAGCCGCGGAUUUAAUAAUCUGUUUGGGGUCAACCUUACAGAUUGUGCCUUGUGGGUCAUUGCCGUUGCUCGCCAAGAAGACGGGAGGUCGAAUUGUCAUCUGCAACCUUCAACCGACGAAAAUCGACAAGUCUGCGAACUUGAUUCUGCGCCAUUACGUCGACGGCGUGAUGAAGAAGUUGAUGGAGAGGCUCGGUAUGGAGGUCCCAGAGUACACCGCGGAGAAAGACCCAACCAAGCAGAAGAGGGAAGCGCUGCUGGUGUAUCCUCGACUCAAACUGCCCGCAGUUAAAGUUGAAAGAAAGGCCCCAAAAAGGACAGUUAAGCGUGGCAGGCCCAAGUCGGUUAAGGUGAAAAAGGAAGAACCAAUAAAGGCAGAGAUUGAAGCUAAUGUCUGACGUAAAUGUGGGUCUUAAAAAUGAAACUUACGUCAGGCACAAUGGGUAUCGAGGCAGUAUCACACCCGUAAGAAUAACGGAGCUCUUCAGCUUUGAUGUUGGCGGUGAUAAUGGAAGAAAAAUGUUUUCCCGUAGUUGCCUAAGGUGGGAGUGACACUCUUUGGAACUCGGAAGAUUUAAAAGGAGCAUGGCAAAGCUUUCUGAAUCUCUAACGCAGUCAUCUCAAGCAGCACAAAUCAUGCUCUAUCCCUGCAGUGUCUGUGCAAAAGCGACGCUGUAUUGUCCGUGAUGUUUUACACUUCGAGCCUCUCCAUUCUACUUAGUAGCACCUAUGUGCAAUAUGUAUGUGCUGCCCAAUACAUUGUAUGCCGUUUUAACUUGUGCUAGAAAAGAGCGUAGUGCUGUGCUUGUAUUACCUACAGUGUUUUUUUUUUUUUUUUUUUCUUCUUUGCUUUCCUAAGACCCAUUUUAUUGCUUGUCAUAUUUGGUUGAGUUUUAUGGUCAACCAGGAGCUCUCAGAUCUCCUAUGUGGCUUGCUGUUUUAAGAGUACAUUGCUUCGAAUUAUGCGGGAUGAUACUUUAUAAUUUCACGUAGUAUGACUUCAUCACUUCUGUAGUUGUUCGGAGUUCAUGCAAAUACAGGAUAACCUCUAUAUAGUGAAGAUGUGGAUGAUGUGAAGUAAAUCUGCAGUCCUCAGUGGUGUUGCAACCCCAAUCAUGAACCACUGGUAUAGUGGUUCGGCAAACUUCGCCAUAAAGAGGUUAGGCACUUAUGAUUUGCAAACUGCACAAAAGUUCCAGAGAUGUUACAAUGUUUUUGCAGUUGGACCUGCAAGUGUGCAUAGUUUGACAAGCCUUGCAGUUUCUAUAAGUACCGAAACUGUACCGUUUCGGCCGACACAGCUGUCCAGUGCUCAUAGCGCGACGUUUGCGUACUUAUGAACACACCACGUGCAGCCAAAGAGCUUCAGCUUUUUUUUUUUUUUCCUUUAAAAUUUCUAGUCCUUUUUGCCCAAGCAUGUGAAGGCUGGUAGCCAUUUGAAAUCAAAAGCUAAAGACUAAAGCUAAAGUUUUUAUAGUUUUAACAUACUGAGUUUGAAAUCACGUGCUACAAAUAGACACCAUGUACAAGCAGCUGUAAAUGCCAUUUGUUUAUAUGUUUUUCUCAACAUCAUCCUUCUGAUGCACCAGCAGAGCUUGCUGGGUGGCGCCCCAUAAUAGGUAUUUUCCUGGAUGUCAGUCAGCCUAUGACAAGAUCAAAUGAGAUAUAAUACACAGCAAGACUUACAGCAUCAUAAUCCAUACAGAAUACCAAUACGUGGCAGCUUCCUGAAUCGCAACAUUCGUAAAGGAGAUUGACGUUCAUAUUUGUUGAAGCACAGCAAGCGUUUUUGAAUUUUCUGAAUAUAAGCACAAAUUUUGUGAGUUUUUUCAAACUACUACUUUAGUUUGGUAUUGCUGGUGGUAAUGUGGCAUUUUUUAGGGGGUCAUGUCUUUUCAAGCUACAGCAUCGUAGCUUUUUGUCUGUACUCCCUGCCAAACCCUCGGUAAAAUAAACAUUAUUAUUAUUAUUAAUGGAAUAAUGGGUCGCCUCAAAAUGAGGACCAAAGUCCUAUUGUGUCCAAAAAAGUUGAGUACCUCAACAGGUUCGUGACAUCACAGGUAGAUAUACGUACUUCAAGAAAGUGCCACUUUGUUCUAUGCUUAAUGGCAAAGAGUAAAGAAAUAUGCUAAUCUCACAAGACAUCUCUGUCUUAACAUUGUUUUCAUGACACUUCUGUGACCUGAAAAUUCAUGACAUAGAGCUACAUCCUUUUUGUCAUGUGAUGCGAUUUUAAAAGACGAUCAUUGUAACCAUACUAUAGGAUGAAUUCCUUCAAUUUGAAACUCGAAUAUAAAAUUUCAAGUGAGACUUCAUAUCGAAUACACGCUUAUGUCGCUGCAAGAUAUUAAAAAAAUAUAUAUAUAUUUGCACAGUGUUAUGCCUUUCCCCGUUGUGAUUGCUUCGUGUAGAAUCUCGUAUCAAAGUUUGUAUAUUCUGACAUGUGAUCAGUGAUGCUUAUUUAUACUUCUGUGCGUGUACGAGUGUUUGUAUUAACAUAUUUGCAUUCCAUCUUCAAUAAACACGUACUGAAAGACGACACUUCAAAAUCA